CAAACCAUUCUUCUCCCGUUUUCUCUCUCUUUCUGUUCAGCGUUAGAUAAGAAAAAGGAAGACUAAGCAAAGCAACUCUCUCUAAAGUUUCAACCAUGAAGAAGCGCUACCAUAAAGGGACCGUUCAUCCGUCACCGCCCCUCAUCUCCGACCACCUUUCCUUCCUUCCGGCCACCAUCCUCACCCUCACGGUGGCGCUUUCGCCGGAGGACAAGGAGGUUUUGGCCUACCUUAUCUCAUGCUCUGCCACUCCUUCCUCCAACUUUUCUGGCAACCCACGGCGGAGCACCGCCGUCGAAACCGACCAUCCCCCUCUGUUCAGCUGCAGCUGCUUCUGUUGUUACACGAGUUACUGGGUCAGAUGGGACGAGUCGCCGAAUCGCCAACUGAUACACGAGAUCAUCGAUGCCUUCGAAGAGUGGUUGGCGAACAAGGGUGGGAAGAACGGUAAGGGAAAGAAAGAGAAGAGGAACAAGAAAGGGUGCAGUAAGCUUUCGAGCGAGUUGAAGCGGUCCGAGUUGACGAGUUCGGCGAGUAACGAGUCGGGCGAGAUGGAAUCGGUGGAGGAGAGUAGUGGGAACGGCGAUGGCAGUGAAGGUGGUGAUGAGGUUGGGAAUGAUGAGAAAGGUUCAGUGAGAAGGUUGGUGAGUUUCAUUGGGGAAAAAAUUUGGGGUGGUUGGGGACACAGUGAGUGAUGAAUCAAUUUGGAAGAGAAAAUAAGAAUGAAGAAAAUUAGCUGAAAGAAGAGACCAAGAAAAAAGAAGGAGAAAGGUAGGGUUAGACCAUCUCCUUUACUUUUUUUUUUCACCUUUUUUUUUUGUACAUUAAUCACUACCCUCCAAUGUUUAAAGAGAAAUGGUUAUU